UUGUUCAAAAAUGGAAUACAUUAGUCGUACACGUUUACACAUUACAGCUGCCGCGGCUUGACCAGAAUCGAUUUUCAAAAUGUUUUACCACACAGAGUGGAUUGUAUUAACAGUUGGUAAAAGAAUUAUAAAUUAAGCAAAGGAAAAAGACAAUGAAAUUGAAAAUCUGAAAGCAAACACAAAGAAGAAGAAGAAAAAGAAAGUGUGUUAGGUAAAACAAUGGGUGUGCUUCCAAAGAGAAUAAUACUAAUGCGUCACGGCGAGUCUCAAGGAAACCUUGACACGUCAGCAUACACCACCACACCUGACCACAGCAUUCAGUUAACUCCACAAGGCAUCGCCCAAGCUCGCCUCGCCGGCGCUAACCUCCGCCGCGUCGUUUCCGGCGAAGGCUGCUCCCCUGACUGGCGUAUCUACUUCUACGUAUCUCCUUACGCCAGAACCCGAUCCACACUCCGCGAAGUUGGUCGUGCUUUCUCGAAGAAGCGCGUGAUCGGCGUCAGAGAAGAGUCGCGUGUUCGAGAACAGGAUUUUGCUAACUUCCAAGUUCAAGAGCGCAUGAAAAUCAUCAAGGAAACUCGUGAACGUUUUGGUAGAUUCUUUUACCGCUUUCCUGAAGGCGAAUCCGCCGCCGAUGUUUUCGAUCGCAUUUCCGGUUUUUUUGAAUCGCUAUGGAGAGACAUAGAUUUGAACAGGCUUCACCUGGAUCCAUCAAACGAUCUGAAUCUGGUGAUAGUUUCUCACGGCUUAACGUCGCGGAUUUUCUUGAUGAAGUGGUUCAAGUGGACGGUGGAGCAAUUUGAGCAGCUAAACAAUUUCGGAAACUGCGAGUUUCGCGUGAUUCAGCAAGGAAGUGGUGGAGAGUACAGUUUAGCUGUUCAUCAUACGGAGGAAGAGAUGCUUGAAUGGGGACUCUCUCCUGAUAUGAUUGCUGAUCAGAAAUGGCGUGCAACGGCACCAAGAGGUGCUUGGAAUGAUCAAUGUUCUUGGUACCUUGACGCUUUUUUUGAUCAACUUGCUUCAGAAUCUGAUGAUGACGAUGAUGAAGAUAUUCAAAAUGAAAAAUGAAGGUGAAACUGAAAGAUGAAACUAAUAAGUAACUAACUCAUUCAAUAGGUUUUUUAUUUCAAUGAUUAUAACUGAAAAGAAAUUUCAAUAGAAAGAUCUUGGACCUCAGAUGUAGGGAUGCUGGUUCCAUAAAAAAAAUUCAAUAGUAAGAAUAAUUUUAUUAAUUGUAGCAAUUUUAUGCUUGUGUAUAGUAUUCAUUAAUCUGUGUAAUAAUCAUAGUUUAAGGAAUUGUUUUUUAUUAGAGAAGAACUUAUCAAAUGAGAAGGUUUUUAUAUUA